AGAGAAAAAAAGCAGCAUGGCAUCCGAAGCAGUGGCCUCCGUUCCUCACCCUUUCUGGCCUCGUGAUCUGCACAUUGAGGGAUACCGACCCAAUGACCGAGCCAUGUGGGAGAUUUUGACCUUCCUGUUCUCAGUAUCCGGGGUGUUCCUGGUUGGGACCUGGUUCCUGUCUGGCCGUGUUGUUGGGAUUAGCACUGCUCGUCGCCUCAUCCUCUGCUGGUUCAUGAUCUGUGGUUUCAUCCAUGGUGUCAUUGAAGGCUGGUUCUCCCUCUUUUAUCACAUUAUCCCAAGGGACCAGGCCUUCCUGUCACAGCUGUGGAAGGAAUAUGGCAAAGGAGACAGCAGAUAUGUGAUAGCUGAUAAUUUCACAGUUUGCAUGGAAACCAUCACCGCCUGGGCUUGGGGUCCACUCAGCGUUUUGACUGUCAUUUCCUUCCUGCAGAAUAAGCCAUACCGUUUCGUGCUGCAGCUCAUCGUGUCACUUGGUCAACUGUACGGCGAUGUCCUGUAUUUCUACACAGAAUACCGGGAAGGUUUCAGCCACAGCGAGAUGUGGCAUCCAAUUUAUUUCUGGUUUUACUUUGUAUUUAUGAACGGUCUGUGGAUUAUAAUCCCAUCUGCCCUGAUCGUUGAUUCCUGGGUCAACCUAAGCCAAGCGCAGGGCAGGGCGGAUGCUGUGCGUCCUACAAGCAAAGCCAAACGAACCUGAAGGCGGCCGAUAUGCCAACAGGAAGUGGACAGCCUUAUUCAGAGAGUACAGGACAGUCAGAAAUACCAUUUGAAGUUUAAAUCUGUGUACAGCACCCAGUAGUAUUUCUUCUAUCAUUUA